AUGAAAGCUCAAGCACUUUCUGCGUGUAGCUCGGUGGUUGCAUCUCCACUGACAACUCCACGAGUAACGCCAAUACCAACAUCAAUGCUUACUGGCGGAGCACCAGUUAGAGCAGUCAUUCCAUCUGGUGCAGCAGGGGACGACGAGUGCAACACUCUUUUCAAUGCUAUUGCGAGCAAUGGAAACAGUAACGAUGGAAUUCUGUCAACUCACUUCCUCCAAUACUUGAACGACUCGAAUUCACGUUCUCCAAGUUCCAACGGAAACUCUUUGCAUGCCCCGUUUAAUGUUAUCGCAAAUGUUCCGGCCAGGCCCGAUAGCGUUGCCAGCAACAGUUCAAAUUCGCUCACGGGAGUUCUAUCUCUUUCUGCUCCACCGACAAACGCACUGACUGUGUCACAAACUCCCACUGCUACAUCUCCUACUGUAGAUUCAACCACAAUCGAAGUGGCGGUUCGCGACUCGUUGCCAGACUCGACCACUGCGGAUUCGCCACGGGUAAUUCGAGGAAGCGGGUUUCUGUCAGGAUCCGCUUCUUCGGCGAGUCCUUCAAGUUCAAAUGGCAGCAAUAUUUCUAGCUCUUCUCUUCAGGGUUCGCUGAUGUCCUGA